UUUUUUUUUUUUUUAACUUCAAUUUUUUUAUAUGGGCAUUAAGACUGGACGAGCACCUGUGGGUAUAUGAGGUCAGCUAUUGCACUCUUAACGCCGAAAUUUUCAACAUCAAGAUUUUUGAAAUAGACAUUAAAAUAUUACCGUAGAAAUAAAUUUGAUUAGAUUACUUAAUUAAAAAAGAAACAUGCAUUUAUUGUUUUUUAAAAAGUGACUGAUAGAUCGCCAACCAAGGAACAAAGGGAAAAAAAAGCAUUUUUAGGGCUGUCCGGGUUUGGUGGUUGUCCGGUUUUGGUGGUCCCCAACCAGCUGUAUGGAAAUUUCGACUUUCGGUUUUAAAAGCGAAACAAAAUUUUCUUUGUUUGUAAAUUAAAAAAAAACAGUUAUACACUUAAUAUACAAUAUAAUACAUGGAUAAGUUUAUACUUUGUUGUUUUCUCUGGAUUAGUCCAGUUUUUGGUUCAAAUGUUAAUAUAUUGGUACCAGACAGCCCUGCUUACGGAAAAACAUGUGAAUGUGGCCGAGAUCUAACAUUACCUUGCAAGUUCAAGAAUAAAACGUUUGCCAUAGCUUGGAUGAAUCUAAACGAUAUUUCACCAAUUGCUCAGUGUGUACGUAGAAAAUGUGACAUUAACCCUAAAUACAUUGAUCAAUACAAUAUAUCAUAUGAUGAGACAAAUCACAUCUUCAACUUAACAAUUAUCAAGGUAACUAUGAAAGACAAUGGAAGAAAGUUGGUGUGUUCAGAUGGAACCAAUACUGAUUCACAGUUUAUUACGGUCAAAGGUAAACAUACAUUACAGUCUCUUUUUCCGAUCAAAACAUUCGCUUAUCUAUUAAUAAGUGUGUUAUGUUUUUGUGUUUACAUUUAA